AUGGGCUCACCCGCCACGCCACUCAAGGACACCACCAUCAUUGGUGCGGGCCUUGCCGGCCUCACCUUGGCUCUCGCACUACACCAUGAGGGCAUCCCUGUCACAGUCUACGAGUCCCGGCCUGCGCCUCUCAACAUUGGUGGCGCCGUGAUGCUGUCACCCAACGCCCUCAAGAUCUUUGACGCCUACGGUCUCUACGACGUAAUCAAGACCAAAGGCUACAACUUUGAGCACCUCGAGUACCGCACAGUCGAGGGCAAGCUCGUCGACACGUACGACUUUGGCAGCCAGGCCAAGUACGGCUACCCCGGGCUCCGCAUCUACCGGUACAUUCUGAUCGACACGCUCGUCGAGGCCCUGGCCGCGCGCAACAUCCCCGUCGUGUACGGCAAGAAGUUCUCGCACGUGGUGAGCGACACCCCCGAGGACGAGGGCGUGACGUUCGCCCUGACCGACGGUACCGAGCACAAGACGUCGCUCCUCAUCGGGGCGGACGGCAUCCACUCGACCGUGCGCAAGCACCUGUACCCGGACCUCAAGACGACCUUCAUCGGCAUGGCCGGCAUCACGGCCGCGGUGCCCACCUCGGCCCUCGAGCUGCCCGCCGACUACCACCUCCCCGCGACCAUCAUGUCCCCCAAGGGCGCCUUCGUCAUCGCCCCGCAGGAAGUCGACGGCUCCGAGGUGCUCAUCGGGAAGCAGAUGCGCGUGACGCCGCACGAGACCAGCGGCGCCGCAUGGGAGCGCGAGUUCGUUGCGGACAAGCAGUCGGGCGUGGCGUUCCUGCAGUCGGGCAACGAGCACUUUCCGCCCUUUGUGCAGAGGGCCGUCGACCAGAUCACCAGCACGGACAAGGUUAACAAGUGGCCGUUCUUUGUCGUGCCGCCGCUCGAGCGCUGGACCUCGCAGACACGCCGGGUGCUGAUUCUGGGCGACGCCGCGCACGCGAUACCGCCCUCGGCGGGGCAGGGCAUCAACCAGGCGUUUGAGGACGUGUACAUGCUGGCGCUGCUGCUGGGGCAGAAGAAGAGGAUUGGCGAGGACAAGCUGGCGGAUGCGCUUGCGUUCUGGCAGGAGUAUCGGCAGCAGCGGAUCAACCGGAUCAUGGUGCUCAAUAAGGAGAUUGACCAGCGGAGGAUGCCUUCGAAUGAUGCUGUAGGCGAGGCGGUGGAAGAGCGAGGGCAAGGAUAUAAUCUGGAGUGGUUGUACAAGCCAGAUUUCAAGCAGGUUGUCGAAGAGUGGCUGCAAAAGCACGCCUAG